AUGCUAGAUUUUUUCAUGAAUAAAAAUAAGUGCUACAAACCCAGCACUUAUGAGCAGUUCUACUUUAACAAAUCUGACUUUGGACAUGUGUUCGGGAAGGACAAGCAAAUUGGAUUUGAAAACAAUUUCCGUUUUGAUCUCUUGAGAUUGGAUAGUAUUUAUUUUGCAGAUUCUGACUCUGGAUCUGACUCUGACUCUGAUCAGGAGAAUGCUGGGUCAGGCAGUAAUGUUUCUGGAAGUGAGAGUGACGGUGAUGAUGACAGAGAGGCAAUAAAGCCCAGCAAUAAAGAGUUAUUUGGAGAUGAUAGUGAGGAUGAGGGAGCAUCCCACCAUACUGGGAGUGACAUCCGGUCUGAAAGAUCAUACAAUCACUCUGAAGCUUCGGGACAUUCUGAACAUGAAGAUAAUGACCAGUCAGAUAUUGAUCAGCAUAGUGGUUCAGAAGCUGCUGAUGACGAUGAUGCCAGAGGACACGGAUCAGACGAAGGUAGCCAUCGCUCAGAUGCUGAUGGAUCUGAAAAAGCACAUUCGGAGGAUGAAAAAUGGGGCAAAGAGGACAAAAGUGAUCAGUCAGAUGAUGAUGAGAAGCUACAGAAUUCUGAUGAUGAUGAAAGGCCGCAAAACUCUGAUGAUGAAGAGAAGGUGCAGAACUCUGAUGAUGAUGAAAGGCCUCAGGUUUCUGAUGAUGAGGAAAGACUACAAAACUCUGAUGAGGAGAAAAUGCAGAACUCAGAUGAUGAAGACAGGCUGCAGAUCUCUGAUGAGGAAAAGAUCCAGAACUCCGAUGAUGAAAGGGCUCAGCAUUCUGAUGAAGAGAAGAUGCAGAACUCUGAGGAUGAUGAAAGGGCCCAGCAUUCUGAUGAAGAUCACAGGCGUUCUGAUGAUGAAGAGGAACAGGAACAUAAAUCUGAAUCUGCAAGAGGCAGUGACAGUGAAGAUGAAAUUUUGCGAAUGAAACGUAAAAAAACAAUUACAUCGGAUUCAGAAAUGGACAGUGAUGUAGAAGGACAAAAAGGUCACAGGGAUGCAAUAGAUCUAUUUGGAGGUGCAGAUGACAUUUCUUCAGGGAGCGAUGGGGAAGACAAGCCACCAACUCCAGGGCAACCUAUUGAUGAGAAUGGACUCAAUCAGGAGCAGCCGGAGGAAGAACCUAUUCCAGAAACACGAAUAGAAGUAGAAAUACCAAAAGUAAACACUGAUUUAGGAAAUGACUUAUAUUUUGUGAAGUUGCCCAACUUCCUCAGCGUGGAGCCCAGACCAUUUGAUCCUCAAUAUUAUGAGGAUGAAUUUGAAGAUGAGGAGAUGCUUGAUGAAGAGGGUAGAACAAGAUUAAAACUAAAGGUGGAAAAUACUAUACGUUGGCGGAUGCGAAGAGAUGAAGAAGGAAAUGAGAUUCGAGAAAGCAAUGCACGGAUAGUCAAGUGGUCAGAUGGAAGCAUGUCACUGCAUUUGGGCAAUGAAGUAUUUGAUGUGUACAAGGCACCAUUACAGGGAGAUCACAACCAUCUGUUUAUCCGACAAGGAACUGGUCUACAGGGCCAGGCUGUGUUCAAGACUAAAUUAACUUUCAGGCCUCACUCUACAGACAGCGCCACCCACAGGAAGAUGACUUUGUCUCUUGCAGAUAGAUGUUCAAAGACCCAAAAAAUUCGUAUUUUGCCAAUGGCUGGUCGUGAUCCAGAAUCUCAGCGCACAGAAAUGAUUAAGAAAGAAGAGGAGAGAUUAAGAGCUUCUAUUCGUAGAGAAUCCCAGCAGCGGAGAAUGCGGGAGAAGCAGCACCAGCGGGGCCUUAGUGCAAAUUAUUUAGAACCUGAUCGUUACGAUGAGGAGGAUGAAGGAGAAGAGGCAAUCAGUCUGGCAGCUAUUAAAAACCGCUACAAAGGUGGUAUAAGAGAGGAACGUGCUAGAAUCUAUUCUUCAGACAGUGACGAGGGAUCAGAUGAAGACAGAACACAGAGACUACUCAAGGCAAAGAAACUAACUAGUGAUGAGGAAGGUGAACCUUCUGGAAAGAGGAAAGCAGAGGAUGAUGACAAAGCAAGUAAAAAGCACAAAAAAUAUGUGAUCAGCGAUGAAGAGGAAGAUGAUUAAAACUGGGGAAAGAUGAAAGCUGAUGACUUUUUGUGUAUAUAUAUUGUACAGUUCUUUUACAGCAAUGAUGUAAGUAAACAUAAUGAGGUUAUUUUGAUAAAGAAAACUUCCACUGAGAUCUGUAAGUCAGGUGUGAAUAAAUUUUUUUGAAUUGACUUUUAAAAAGCUAUUUCAAUUUGAUGGGUAUGUUUGUGUGCCCCAACACUCUCUACACUGGGGUGCUUAAUACAUUUCCUGGUAUAAUACAUUUCCAUUUUUAGAAUAUUAUGAUAACCAAUUCUUUUAUUUUUUUGCAUUAUGGAUAGUAAAGACGUAUGCUGGCAUAUUUUGAUGAAUUAUUUUAAGGCAGGUCUAGUAAUCUAUUAAAAUACUGUAAUUGUAAGCAGGAUUUAUCCCUGGACGUAAAAUCUAUACAUUGAAACAUUGAGAUUUUGUGAAUUAAUGGAUAUAGCAAAAAUCUCUUUUAUGAGAGCAAAAAGUCCAUUCAUUGGUAUGGUGGAGGAGAGAUACCAUUUUAAUAGAAUUCCUACAUGUUUAUAUGUAGAGGUUAAUGUUUUCUAAACUUUAGAUCUAACUACAAGUUAGAAGGCACAAGAGUGAAAAGACAAUAAUGUAUGUUGGACAAAAUAGUUGUUUUGUUCUGUAAGCUCGUAUGGUCUUUGGGUAAGUUAGUGAUUAUUGUUCAUGCCUGUUUUUUAGAGGGAGCGAGCUGCAUGUAGCUAUGAAACAGGAGAAUGGGUGCCUUGGAUGGAGCAAUUAAAGACUUCAGGUGUUAAUCAUGACCUCUAAAUACCUUUUUCCUUUCUUUUUUUAACCACACAAUACCAAUUAUUGAGCCACAAAACGAUACAAACAGAAGGACCAUCUAGAAGUUUUAUCACUUCAGUUUUAUAAUUGGGUACUUCAGAACAGUUGCCUGUUAUUAGGGUAGCUGAUUGCUGUACAGCAGGGCUACUCAACAUGUGGUCCGCAGGACACAUACAGCCCACGGCCUGUUUGUUUGUGACCCAUGCUUCAGUUUGAGUUUACACAGGGUUCAACAUGCAGCCCACAAGUGGGAUACUUUGAACAUGACCUCCACUGAGAACACGCUCCACAAUGGCGAGGCAUCUUCCAGGCGGAGUGAGCAUUGAAAGGCUCAAAUGGACGGGCAGGCUGGUACAGACGGGUACAGGGUGUCAGUGUUUCUAGCCCCCAGGGAAGAGGUGCUGGGAGCACCGAGGCAUUGUGUGAAAGAAUCUAUUUGCAUUUAUUUGCAUGUAUAUGCAACCGCACUUAAGUUGUGGCCCUCGGCAUGUGCUGUGAGUAUCAUUGUGGCCCCCGGGGCUUCCAAAGUUGAGAAGCCCUGCUGUACUGAAUGUGAUUUUCCUAGUGUAUAAAAUGAUGGUAGAUA